AUGCCCAGCUGCCGGUGUGCUAUUCUGGAGUCGUUCUGGCACUUGCGCUACGGGAGAUGGAGUCUUAGUGCGUCUCGGGUUGAUGGAGUCAAGAAUGAAAGAGAAUCUGCACAGAAUGGCACCCCAACCCUGAGCAUAGGAACUGGAGACCCUGGCUGGAAAGCCAUGAGGGACAUCCUUUUCCCGAAAAAGGAACACUCGCGCGUCUGUACCCCCGGUAGUCCCUGGCGUUCCUGUCUUCUGGACGAAACCCUAACACUUAGCGUGCUGACGAGAGCACGCUCGCAAAUCCAUGCGGCUCUCGAGGCAUGGGAGGCAGAGGUAGUCUGUUCUGAGUCUCCGGAGUCUGGACCGCUGAAAAGCACGCUUCGUAUUGACUGUGCAAUCUGGGGUCACGCGUGGAUCCUAUUCACCCUUGCGCACUCCGCAAGCCCUAGCGCCAACGACCCAGGACACCCCUCCAUCCAAGACCUCUGUAGCACUGCACCCUUGCCGGAUAGCGACCCAUCGUCAGCCAAGCUCACCUUCGGCCGCUCGGCGUUGCACCCGCUGCCUUAUGGAUCAAUCGCAGCCCCCGAUUUCGAACAAGGUGGUGCAGACCGGUCAGCGGCCGGCACCGCGUGCGUCGAUGCUAGUGGGAGGAAGGCUCCGCCCAAGCGGUCAUUCGGACGGCCGAUGCGGUUCGCGGGUAGGAGACCAGGAGAUGAGGUCGCACCGCUGGACGGACGGCAGACGCUCUGA